AGACUGUAGCAGGAGGCUCUGAGCGACCAUGACCACCCACUGCCUCCUCCCUCUCUAGCCACCCACCGCCCAGCCUCACGCAUGCAGAUUCCUGGCCCUGGUACUUCAGAGCCCCUGGGCUGGGACCCUGGAACGUAAAUUAACAAGCACUGCGGCUAGGAUGUAGCGAGGCUCAUCAGUCCCAGCUUUGGGAGGCAGAAGCGAGGGGUGUGUUUUGCCAGCAGCAGCCCCCAGUCGAGCUAUAAUUGCUUCGCUCCAUCCUGUUGCUGCCAUUCUCUCGGCGGCGGCGGCGGUGGCAUCUGGGGUUCCAGGCGGGCGGCAGCUGCAGGCCGACCUCGACGCCGAGCGGAUGGACUGGCCACACAACCUGCUGCUCCUUCUUACCAUCUCCAUCUUCCUGGGGCUGGGCCAGCCCAGGAGCCCCAAAGGCAAGAGGAAGGGGCAAGGACGGGCGGGGCCCCUGGCCCCUGGGCCUCACCAGGUGCCGCUGGACCUGGUGUCAAGGAUGAAACCCUAUGCCCGCAUGGAGGAAUAUGAGAGGAACCUCGAGGAGAUGGUGGCCCAGCUGAGAAACAGCUCUGAGCUGGCCAAGAAGAAGUGUGAGGUCGACUUGCAGCUGUGGCUGUCCAACAAGAGGAGCCUGUCUCCCUGGGGCUACAGCAUCAACCACGACCCCGGCCGCGUCCCCGCAGACCUGCCGGAGGCGCGGUGCCUGUGUCUGGGCUGCGUGAACCCCUUCACCAUGCAGGAGGACCGCAGCAUGGUGAGCGUGCCCGUGUUCAGCCAGGUGCCCGUGCGCCGCCGCCUCUGCCCGCCGCCGCCGCGCCCGGGGCCCUGCCGCCAGCGAGCGGUCAUGGAGACCAUCGCCGUGGGCUGCACCUGCAUCUUCUGAGCCGCCCGGGGAGCCAGCCGGCAGCCGGAGACCACCCUCCCCGCACCCCCGUGCCGAGCAAGGCCUGUGAAAAGUAAACGCUGUCUUUUGAAAGCAA